CAAGUAGAGAGAUAUAUUAAUUGUUUAGUUUGCUAUCUUCAUCUUAAAAUUAAUAAUGGAUAGAGUGAGUGAGUUAGCAAAAACAAAGGCAGCAGUAAUAUUCACUAAAAGCUCAUGUUGCAUGUGUCACAGCAUUAAGACAUUGUUCUAUGAUCUUGGGUCAAGCCCGGCUAUUUUCGAACUAGAUAGGGACCCUAGAGGUAAGGAAAUGGACCGGGCGCUACAAAAGCUAGGGUGCAACCCUACCGUCCCGGCCGUGUUCAUCGGCGGCAACUAUGUCGGGUCCGCUAAGGAUGUUCUUGGUGCUCACCUUAAUGGAUCUCUUAGGGAUAUGCUUCUUGAAGCUAAAGCUAUAUGGUUUUAGUUGUAUAAUUAACAAAAGUUUGUGGUUUUUGUAUGAGCUUUUGUUAAAUGCAAUGUAAUUUUGGAGUUUGUAAUUGAUUUUCCAAGGUGAUCUCCAUUUUUUUUCCAUUUAUGGUGAUCGACUUACGGAUAAAUCAUAUUUUUUAAGGUGAAGUUGAUACACACCUCUUAUAAUAUCAUGGUU